GGUGUUUGAUGGCUUCACUGAGAAGAGUCAAAGUGCUGCUGGUGUUGAACUUGAUAGCGGUGGCCGGCUUCGUGCUCUUCCUGGCCAAGUGCCGGCCCAUCGCGGUGCGCAGCGGAGAUGCCUUCCACGAGAUUCGGCCGCGCGCUGAGGCGGCCAACCUGAGCGCGCACGGCGCCAGCCCCAUCCAGGACGCGGUCCUGAAGCGCCUCUCGCUGCUGGAGGACAUCGUCUACCGGCAGCUGAAUGGCUUAUCCAAAUCUCUUGGGCUCAUCGAAGGUUAUGGAGGGCGGGGCAAAGGGGGCCUUCCUGCUACCCUUUCCCCAGCUGAAGAGGAAAAAGCCAAGGGACCCCAUGAGAAGUAUGGCUACAAUUCCUACCUCAGUGAAAAAAUCUCACUGGAUCGUUCCAUUCCGGAUUAUCGUCCCACCAAGUGUAAGGAGCUGAAGUACGCCAAGGAGCUGCCCCAGAUCUCCAUCAUUUUUAUCUUUGUGAACGAAGCCCUGUCGGUGAUCCUGCGGUCUGUCCACAGCGCUGUCAACCACACGCCCACACACCUGCUGAAGGAAAUCAUCCUGGUGGAUGACAACAGCGAUGAAGAGGAGCUGAAGGCCCCCUUAGAGGAGUACGUCCACAAACGCUACCCGGGGCUGGUGAAGGUGGUGCGCAACCAAAAACGGGAGGGCCUGAUCCGAGCACGCAUUGAGGGCUGGAAGGCGGCCACCGGCCAGGUCACUGGCUUCUUUGAUGCCCACGUGGAAUUCACUGCUGGCUGGGCCGAGCCGGUUCUCUCCCGAAUCCAGGAGAACCGGAAGCGGGUGAUCCUCCCAUCCAUCGACAACAUCAAGCAGGACACCUUUGAGGUGCAGCGGUAUGAGAACUCCGCCCACGGGUACAGCUGGGAGCUGUGGUGCAUGUACAUCAGCCCCCCGAAAGACUGGUGGGACGCCGGAGACCCUUCUCUCCCCAUCAGGACACCAGCAAUGAUUGGCUGUUCCUUCGUAGUCAACAGGAAGUUCUUUGGUGAAAUCGGUCUGCUAGACCCUGGGAUGGAUGUGUAUGGAGGAGAAAACAUCGAACUUGGAAUCAAGGUAUGGCUCUGCGGGGGCAGCAUGGAGGUCCUGCCUUGCUCACGGGUGGCCCACAUCGAGCGGAAGAAGAAGCCAUACAAUAGCAACAUCGGCUUCUACACCAAGAGGAAUGCUCUCCGGGUGGCUGAGGUCUGGAUGGACGAUUACAAGUCUCACGUGUACAUAGCGUGGAACCUGCCGCUGGAGAACCCGGGAAUCGACAUAGGUGAUGUCUCUGAAAGAAGAGCCUUAAGGAAAAGUUUGAAGUGUAAGAAUUUCCAGUGGUACCUGGACCACGUUUACCCAGAAAUGAGAAGAUACAAUAACACCAUUGCAUACGGGGAGCUUCGCAACAACAAGGCAAAAGAUGUCUGCUUGGACCAGGGGCCACCAGAGAACCACACAGCAAUACUGUACCCAUGCCACGGCUGGGGACCCCAGCUGGCCCGCUACACCAAGGAAGGCUUUCUGCACUUGGGAGCCCUGGGGACCACCACACUCCUCCCUGACACCCGCUGCUUGGUAGACAACUCCAAGAGUCGGUUGCCCCAGCUGCUUGACUGCGACAAGGUCAAGAGCAGCCUGUACAAGAGGUGGAACUUCAUCCAGAAUGGAGCCAUUAUGAAUAAGGGCACUGGGCGUUGCCUAGAGGUGGAGAACCAUGGCCUGGCUGGCAUUGACCUCAUCCUCCGCAGCUGCACGGGACAGAGGUGGACGAUUAAGAAUUUCAUCAAGUAGUGGGGAGAAGUUGGGGACCCGGAGACUGGCCCCAACUUCCCGUGCUCUGGACCAGAUAUGCUGGUGGAGAGAACAGCUGGGAGCCAGCUGGCGCUCAUGGGCACCCGGGCUUCUCCAGGGCAGCAUGGGGCGGGGGGGGUGGAUGGAGACACCGUGUCCACCUCAGGCACUCAGCUCCUGCACCCUGGGAAAGCACCCUGCCCCCACUCUUCUCUGGGAACCCAGGCGCUGUGUGUUCUGCAGCCCAGAUGUGGACCUGGCACCGAGGAUUGAAACACCCAUAUCUCCGUCGUCACCUUCCCACCAGCUAUCAGGACUGGACUGGCAGUGGCCUCUCCUCUUUCUCAUCUCUUACAGCAGCAGCUUCUAAUUUCACCCCAGCCCUCAAAUAAAGUGAGGGAAGAGCUCAGCCACAUCCUAGCUCUUCCUGCUCAGAGGAGACAGUGAGGCCCUGAGACUCAGUUUCCCCUGAGGUUGCCUCUGCCCAGAUGUCCAUUCACAACCAAGGCAGCCUCCAGCCCAAACCUAUUCAUUAGGUGGCACUGGGGGAGGUCACAGCUCUGGAUUUUUCUGAUUCCACCCCUGAAUGGCCUGGAGCUGACACCUCCAUGGUCACCUGCGCAUUGCCUAGGCUCCUGUGUUCCUGGGCUACCUCUUUUUGCCUGUGUCUGGAGAGCUGAGACAGGAAUCGGCUGAGCACACAGAGUAGGCUAAGCUGUGAAGGACCCAGGCUGGAUCCAGACCAGUGCCACUUCGCCUGCCCAGGGAACAGGGAGCCCUGACCCAGAGGUUGCUGCAGGGGGAGCACCGAGGGGACUGGAGCUUCCAGUCUGGAGCCAACACAGCAAAGGGGGCCAGGACCCUGGGGUCUGCUCUGUGCUCAUCUCAUUUCAGCCCACGCUCUACUGGCUGACAGGGGAGAAGGCAGUCGAUUCCUCUCUGAAGAGUAAUAAUUUUUUUUUGAUUGCCCUCUGGUUAGGGUGCACAUAUAAAUCAGAGUUAAUAUAUGGACCUGUGUGCAUGCAUAUGAUGAGUAUGGGUGCCUGUGUGGUGCUCGUGGCAGGGUGUGUGCAGCUGCAUGUGCGUGUGUGCAUGUGUGACGCCACGUGGCAUGUGCGUCUGGGUGUGUGUGUGUGUGGUAGAGCAGACGUAGAAGUAUGGCUUUGGGCUUGCGCUUCAUCGCUCACCUGGAUCAGGACAAGGCUGCUGAGAAGCUUGGGUGGGGGUGGGGGUGGCCACACAUCUGGCCAGAAGGAUGUGGCUCAGUCUUGCCCUUGUGGUGCCCAGACAGAAGGCUGUCCUUCUGCCAGUCCCCAUUCCUCUCCCUAAUGCUGUCCCCAAAGGCCAAGCCCUGCCCAGAGCCAAACCCAGUAGUUGUCCAGUUUAGGGUUCAUAUGUCUCAUUUGGUGGCAUCUUGUUGGUGAUCAGCCCACUCCAUCUCCCCCCUUGUGAAAUAAAUACAUGUGAGCACUUCCCAAA